CUGUGGUGGAGUUAUGUUGGCAUCCGCUGUCACGGAAACUUCGUCUGGCUUUGUAGUUGUGCAGCUUGUAACUCAGACAAACAGGUUAAGGGCGGAGUGUUGUUGAUGUGCUUGAAUAAUAGUUUUCACCCAGGGGAUACAUCGGGCCCUACGUUACAGCCCAGGCACGUGUGUGUGUGUGAUUUCUCUGUGCAUGCAGCCAUGUGUCGAGUCGGCGCUGAACUUCCUCGUCCUGCAUUAGAAGAAGGAGGAUAGAGAGGCGUGACGUCGCUGGCCGCAGACAGGCCCGUGCGGCAGGGGGAGAGAGGCAGGGACGGACGCUGCUGCUGCCGCAGAGCAGACUGAAGAAUCGCAGGAGCAGCCGGGCACGAAACAACCGGCAACCACGGCAACUUUGUAGAGACGCCAGACGGCCAUAAUGCGGCACCGCCCGCCGACGACCCCGGAGCUGAUGUGACUGUGCACAACCAGAACCGGGAGGAAGAGGCGGACACCACCACCUCCCUUCGCUCUCUCUCUCUCUCGGCGUGUGCGCAGCCGGUCGGUUUGUCGUUCUGUCUGUCUGGAGGGAGGAGGUGGGGGACGGACAUGUCCUCGCUAAACGUACCGGAGGACCAGAAAUGGGUACCGACACACGUCCAGGUAACGGUUCUAAGAGGCAGGGGCUUACGGGGCAAGGGCAAGCACGGCACCAGCGAUGUGUACACCAUCAUCCAGCUCGGGAAGGAGAAGUACUCGACCGGCGUGGCGGAGAAGACUACCGAGCCGGAGUGGAAGGAGGAGUGCUCGUUCGAGCUGCAGCCCGGUGUGCUGGAGAGCGGCGGGCAGAGCGGAUACCCGGCUGGGAGCUGCGAGCUAAUCCUGACGGUGAUGCACAGGGCGCUUAUUGGGCUGGACGUGUUCCUCGGACAGGCUGUGAUCCCUCUGGAUAAAGUCUUUCUCGAGAGUAGAUGCGUGAAAAACGAGUGGUACAGGCUCAACUCGAAGACGGGGAAGAAGGAGAAGGAACGGGGAGACAUUCAAGUCACCAUCCAGUUCACCCGCGACAACCUGACAGCUAGCAUGUACGACCUUGUCAUCAAAGAUAAAAGCGCCUCCACCUUCGGCAAGCUGAAGGAGCGCAUGAAAGGCAAGAGGAGAUCCAGCGACGAGGACUCCUCUUCGGCCGUCCUGCCGAGUGGGUAUGGCUCUUUGUACCGCAUGCGCCAAAGACUUCCUAGCGACGGAGGCGGAGAGGAGGAUUAUGAGGACGACGAAGGGGGCGAGGUCCGGAGGAGCAAGAUGAGAACUUUCUUUUUGAGGGGAAAGUUGCGAAAAUCGUCCGACACUCGGUCCAGCACGUCCCUGGGCUCGGAGAGCAGUGAGUCAUCGUCACGGGGUGGGAGCCUCAGUCCCACGGCCGGUAUCAGCGUGGUGGUGUCCGAUCUCUCUAACUCGCCCAGUAACAGCAGCAACCUGACAGCAGAUAACAGCCCAGAGCACACAGCAAACACGUCGCCCAAGUCUUCGUCUCUCAAAUGCGAGUUUGGUGAUGAGGCCGGUGAGAUCACCAUUGCAGUGCCUCAGCCCACUGUUUGCAUCAACGGAAGCCAUUCUUACAACGUGCAGCCCCAGGCCCCAGGCUCAGGAAAACCUGCAGGUUCUUUAGGCCUGGGACUGUUGCAGAAGUCUAUGCCUCUCUCCGUGUCUCUACAGAACCUCAGUCAGCAGGCCUCCAUAGAUCUCCCUAAAGGUGGUGUGGGAGAUGGGCGCCGCUGGUCCUUUGACAAGCCCGGCGAGGAGGAAAAAGCAGCCAUAGCUGCGGCUCUGGAGAAAAGCGGCCCGAUGCUGGGUGAAAACGAGGAGCGCCUGGGACAGGCUGCUCCGACAGAAGCCACGUCAUGGUCCUUUGCUUCCACAGUGGAGGCGGGGGACAUCCAGGGGAAAAAGCAGAGGAGGAACUUUUUCUCUCAUGCGGGGAAGGGACAGAGUCAGCCCAAGGAUGAGUGCGAGCGGGCCCAUGCUGCAACUGAUGAGAAACAAAGGGGAUGGUUUGGAUCAAAGGACUCGCAGAGCAAACCCAGCCUGGUGGUCUCACCUAAAUUAGAACCCAGCACUGAUCCCCACUUACCACCUCUUCCACCUAGUCACCACCCUCUGGGUCCCCUUGUAGAGCAUACCUCCAUGGUUCCAAACCUGCACCAUACUAAUCCUUUCUGCCACUCACCGACCUCACCACCCCCUAUAUCACAAUCCAACCCUUUCUUUUCUCUAAUCCAGCACAACCCUUUCUAUGAAGACAUGAUAACCACUCAGCAACUUAAACCUACACCGCCUCCUCUGCCCUAUCUUUCCAGUUCCCGGCCCCCUAUAGCUCAACUCUUUCCACAGCCGAGUAACUCUAACUCUGUCCUCACCCACGGCAACUCAGCUGCCGAGGAAUCCAUCACUGAUGCUGAUGCAAGCAGCACAGAGGUCACGAAAGCUGGGAUGAGAGGACUUCCUCUAACUCUCGUGGAAGGAAAGAAACCGUUACUCAAGAAGUCAUCCAACCCUUUUAUGUCUGUUAGCAGUGUGGAACCGGAUUCAGAGUGGGACGAAUCCUUUGAAGCAUUUGCAGCUGGCAGGCUGCAGUCUCCUGAGGAUCUCUCCACAGGCUGCAAAACGCAGCAAAAACCACCCAGCGACCAUCUGCUGGAACACUGCAAUAAUAAAGCCGAUCGAAACACAAAUGUGACUGAUGCACUGCAUUAUCAUCAGCUAGCCAGCCAAGUGACCAACACUAACAUGCAUUACCAUAACACUUUCCCACAAUUCCUUGAAACAAUCCCAGAACACAGAAGUUUUGAGCACAAUGAUGUAACUUUAAAUACUUCCACUAACUCUCUGAAACUGAACACUUGCUCUGAAACUAAUCAGGACACCAGCGCUACCAGUGAAAUACCCGACACGAACAUGAGUCGAGCUCCUUGCCGCACCCCGUCUGUACAACUCAGCAGCAGCUCUCCAGAUCCUAGUUCUUCAGGUCUCGGCAGUUCAGCAGAAGAGGAUUUUCUGUCAUGUGUUUCCUCUUAUUCUGAUAAAGUCUCUGCAUCCUCAUUUGAAGACACUGAAAGCAACAUCUUUGGGUCAACGGAUGUAAAAAAUAAAAGGGGCUCAGAAUCUGAAGAUGACACUACUUACAGGUCAAAUGAUCUAUCUUUAGUUGAUGUUGUUCAGCAAACUGUUAUUGAGCCUAAGGAUAGCGGAAAGGUAGACUUGAGUGGUUCAGCAGGGUCUUUGGCACCACAGCCCACAGUACUUGGGCAUCCACAUCCAUCAAUCACAGAGGAGAUAGGAACUGAUGGUGUAGAUGCUGAAACACGUAACAAUUCUAAUAUUGUAUACCCUGACUUGUUUCCUGAACUCUCUAAACCACAACUAAAGUCCAUCAUCUUUUCACAGUCGGACAAUGUAGGGCAAGAAAGAAACAUAAAUGAUUUAAAGGUCUCUAUAGAGGAUUUUUCUAAAGAUUUAAAUGAUGGCUCUAAAGACAAUAAUAUUAAAGUGAGGAAUCCUGCAACUCCAGAUCAAGAAAGAUCCUCCACACUACCAUCAUUACACAUCACAACCUCCUCCCCUGAUGUCAAGCAGGCUUCAUUGGUUGAACCCUUUGAGAGGGCUCAUUUAGCAGGCCAGGAUGUUAGCCCCAAUUCUCAUGUGCCAUUUAGCAGCCUUGGUGAUUUACUCAACAUCAGUCAGAUUGCAAACAGUCCUAGCCAAGACUUUGAUGACACUCAGUUGCACAGACGGAUAUCUGAUCAGAGCUCCAGCAGCUUUCUCCAAAGUCUGAAUGUCAGUAUUGACUCACAGGAUUACCAAACCUGCGUGUCUCACUCUUCCUCCAAAAGUUCCAGCGUCUCUGAGCCAAAUGAGACGAUGCAGCUGAAGGAUGUUAAAACAACUGCAGAUGCUGCGUUGGGCUUAAUGGAUUCUACAAAUGCAUCCAAGUUAUCUAAUGGGGAAAUCGGGGAAACUGACAAAUCUGAAGCAUCUUCCCAAGCUGCUCAGGACAAGACGACGACUCUUGAGCCAACCUUCCCAAUAGGAGACUUGCAAUCAUUCCCUGCAGCACAGCCGGACUCUUUUAUGAGCUGUAAUCUGAAGAGUGCUGGUGAGGUCUCGGAUGCUACGUCCUCGAUAUGCGCUCCUACACAGAAUGUUACACUACACCGCUCCCAGUCUGAGGGCACACUGGCAACUCCCUUCGACGAGCUCCUCCUACCCUCUUUUGGUAGUGAUCCUGGCGGGGUACAGGGUUCCACCUCGUCUCAGCCAGGCCCCGACCUUCCCUCUCUGAUUUCCUUUGCUCCUUCUCUUGCUCCUGAAAGUAUUUGCUCCCCUGUAGCGCUUCCUGCCUUCUCUCCCUUCGCCAUCGCUUCAGCGAGGUUACCGCCCAGCUCAACGCAAGCCACAGCGCCAAUGCCACCGCAACAGGAGGCAGAGCAGCAGCAGCAGCAGGCAGCCAGUCAGCGGAACAGCCCCCACCCAGUGAAGCCCCUGCCCACUGCCAUGCAGGCUGAGGAGAAGCGGUCAGUGCUGGCCACAGGCCUGGAGAAGCUAAAGUCCACCAUCCACCACGGAAGGAGCAGCCAGCUGACGGAGCAGGAGGGCGAAAGGAAGAAGUCACUGACAGAAGGAGCGGGGUCAUACUACCACCUGACCCACAGCGAACUGGUCAACCUGCUGGUGCAACGCGAGGCGCAGCUGGAGAGGCAGAAGGCGGAGUAUGAACGUCAGAAACUUUUGCUGGCCAAGCGGGAGACGGAGCUGAAGAAACUGAAGCCGCAGGUCAAAGAUUUGGAGGACUACAUUGACACACUGCUGGUGCGCAUCAUGGAGCAGAAGCCCACCCUCCUGCAAGUGCGCUCCAAAUUCAAGUGACGAAUUCAGGCGGGGGGUAGAGGGUUUGCAGUUCACGUUGCAUCUGUUCACUCUAACCUCCACAACAGCUCUUUAGUCUUUUCACUGCUAUGCUGUCUUUUUUGAUACAAAUAUUUAGGCACUGAGAGAUGUCGAGGCGACGUUUUCCAGCUGGCAUGCUUUACUGUACUGAAACCCGUCCUCGGUGAAGGGUUUGGUCUGAGUGGUUUUAUGAAUGUAGCGCGUCCUCAGGUUGUUUUCAGGUUCACAAAGCCAGAUGGUGGGUUUAAAAAACCCAGAUGCUUCAAUUUUGGGAUCUUGAUUGUAAAACAAUUAAUUUUCCUUCUCACCUCACCUGUCACUUCUAUCACCUUAUCACAAAAGAGAGAAAAUUGUAGGGUUUCAGUCCACAUGACGUUUAUCCGACUAUAUCCUCACUCGAGAUGAAACGACACCAACACUUCCUCGUGAGUGUUGCAGCUUUGUAGCUUGAGCAGAGCAACCUGAAGAGACAUACUGGUGGUUUUGCAUAUUUAGUCCAUCAGUUGUUGGCCUUUUUUCAGCAUGCAGUCAAGUAGUAGAUUGAUUCCCCUCUUUCAAGGCAGACAUUGUUUCAGCUAUUUGUGGCAUGAAAAUCAAAGCCUCUCAAGACACGAUCGAUCAGGGUGAGCAUUUUGUUGUCUUGUUACAUGUCAUAGUAGCUCAUUAACAGAAAACGUCGCCAUUUUAUGGAGUGCAAUGAGAUGUUGCUAGCUCAAUUGCCAGUUCAAAAGCCAAAAAUGACAUAAAGAGACUAAAAAUCCUGACAUUUGAAGGAAAACCACAUUGAGUAUUUGCAGCAGUAUCUCCUGUUGUGUGUUGAGCAGUUCACUGGGCAAUCCCCUAACCCAGUUUCUCCUGCAUUGUCUGGAGUUCAUGUGUAAAACUUGUGAAAGUUUAUGUUGGAUUUGGCUUUUUUGGGCCCUGUGUAUAGAGUCAGAAUGAAGCGCCAACAGCAGCCGCUGCAGUACGCAAUGGAAACACUGCUAACAAAUAACAAAGGCACCAUAACAUUUCCUCCAAUAGAGGGAAAGUUUCAAGUGUCUGCAAGUUGAGACCUGAUUGAAAUGAUCUCAAAAGUCUGGCUAUCUGGAAGGAAGGAAGAAAUCUUCAAAUAGAAAUCAUGCAAAGUGAACUAAAAAGGCAAAUUCAUGAUAAAAAUGUGCAAAACCACUGAUAUGUUUCUUUUGGUAUGGCUUUCUGCAACGUUUGAGUCGUGCCACUAUUUCCAGAGUGUGUGUCUGUGCGUGUGCGUGUUUGGUUUUGGAUUAAGACUCUACUAAUGUUCCCUGAUAAGUACCGAGUGCUCUGACUCGUGUUUGAAACUACAAACCAAAUGAGCAGAUUUCAGCCUUUGUCACGUGGACAUUACUGGGAACUGAUUGUAGCCUUUGAAUGUUCAAAAGUGUUCUUAGCCAGCAAGUGAAUGGUGUUUUCUUCUUUUUCUUUCACCCAUUUAUUUGCUUCUUCCGUCCUCUUUUUUUUCCUCUUUUCUUCUUUCUGUUCUUUGGGCAUGUUAUGCUCAGCCACAUAAGCUAACUGAUUCUAGCAUGGGUCACGGUGUUAUCAGGUGAAGACAGUAUCACUCAGUAUCCAGUCAGUAUCAGGAUCAGCCAUCCCAGCUAUUUGAUCUCAUGCUUCUGCCUUCCCACGUGUGCGUUCUCGACACCACGUUAAGAAGAAGAUGCCUGCGACAUGCUGGUACUUGACUUCCCUCCCUCAGUGUCUUGGGUGUCACAUAUGCUUCUGCUCAAGCACACAUAUCGCUACAGCUUUCAGGUGUUACAAAGGGAUAUAUACCGCGUUCUACAGCAUAUAUGCCGUAUUGAAAUGCCAAAUGCUGCCUUAUUUUUGUUUUUUGGUGUUCAUUGAGAAUCGAGCACUUCAUUUGAACUUGUCGGGGCCCGAGGCAGGUUUUGGGAAAGAAAAGCCAUCUGUUCACUGAUAUUUUUCUGUUCUCUCUGUUUUUUCUAAUGCUUUGUUUUGAUAUUGUUUAGGUCACUGCUGCACAAAAGUACAAUGUAUGCAUAACAAUAGAAAAUGAGUAGAAACAGUGAUUUCCUGUGAAAUGCCAAAAAUAUAGUGUGUACAUAUUUAUUUAAAAAGAAGCCUUGAAACUUAAUCUAUGGAGCAGAGUGAUACACCAUAAAGUAUUCUGAUAUGAUGCCACUUUUAACAGCAUUUGUGGAUGUUCUUGCACUACUUAACUGUCAGAAUAAAACUGUACCUGUCUGUCUGGUAUCGGUAUAGUUAGAUCUUCUUUACACCGUACUGCACUUUCUAAUCGCUCCGUGAUUUAAGCACUCGGCCUACUUUUAACGUCACGACAGAUAACUAGCCAGUGAGCUCAAAGCAUACACGAGCAUACACAAGCAUCCGGACCUAUCCCGUCGUCUCAGUCCUGCUGUGCGAUUGCGAAAUCGAGUUGCAUAGAUGACUGUAGAGACUGCACAUUACGUGUGACUCGGCACAUCCUCUUUCACGUCUUCCAUUUUACAGAGGUUUUGUUUUGUUUUUUGGUUUUUUUGCAUUUCAGUUUAAACUGAUUGUAUUUUUCUCCUCAACUGUGUAGCUGGUGGAAUGUGCUUGAGGUAGUAUGUAAGAUUGGAAAGUUUACAAUCCGUGAUGCAAUUCUGUUUCACAAAUUUUGUAUAUUUAAUAAAGAAUAUUUUGUGUUUCUUGCU